AUGGAAAAUCAGAAUGGAGGGCCACAGAAAAAGUUGCAGCCAUUCCUACGCAAAGGCCAAGGAUUAGCACGAUUCAAUAAGGUGAGUUCGGAUUUUUUUUUUCUCAUGAACGUGAAAUCAAAUUAAAGAUUUCUUACCCUGUUCGAAGAUCUGAUAAUUCUACGACAUCGGGGUCGGUAAAUCGCCAUUCUUCAGGUUUUUUUGCUUUUUUUUUUAAUUUUCCAAUUAAAUUUUUCUCAGAAGGCUCAGAAAAUCAUCAGGAAGUGACGGCUUUCUUCAGAGAAAAUGUAGUUUUCAAAAUUUUGGAAAGAAGAGGUUCUUAUAUAAAAUUUAGGAGCGUCCUUCUUCACAUCCUCUCUCUGCAAGGACAGUGGAUAGCGGGAUUUCUCAUGAAGGUUCCAAGAAAUUUCCUUUUUUAGGAAUAAAUGUAUUUUCAGGUCCUUCGCCUUUUGACGAGGAAGAUAUCGUGACAAGACCGCCCACAGUAACCUCGAUUAUAGACGCGGAGAGUUUUUCCGCGCGUAGGAAUUCAGUGGAAAAUCCUCAAUCCAGAGCUCAAUCCAGGGCUGCUCCUCGUGUAGAAGGUAGUUUUCGGUUGAGAACAUUUCUAAAUCGAAGAAAAAUUUAAGAAAUAAGGAACUUUUUCCACUAAAAAAAAUGUAGAAAAAUGUGUACUUUUUAAGAAUCAAUUGAUUACUUUGCACCUGGUCAAGAAUUCGUCAACGAUAUUUCCGUGUCGCGGCGACCUUCGGAAAGUACUUCUUCUUCGGUUUCGACGGAAGGUCGAGAAAAACAUUUGUACGUCCAGAAGGCCCAAAAAGACGCCGAACUCAUCGAUAAAGUUAGUAUUUCCAUCACCAAAAAAAAAAAUUGAAACUGGAAAUAUUUGAGAUGAGAUCCGUGAACGGCAGCCAGUACACGGCGAGUUCCGGGCUGUCGACUCCCAUCGGGGCAAGUACGCCAAAGGAAUCUGCACACAUCUACGACACUCCGGCAAUCAGGAGAGAGGUCGGUUUAUCGCAGCUUCAUUCUGAUUUUUUGAAAAUUUCUCUCAAACCGGUCGAAAAUUUUCUUUUUUUCUUUUCUCUAACAAAAUCAUGAGAUGAUCAAUAAUUUAUUGCUCUACGGAUAUAAGUCAAUUUUUUCCGUGCUGUCUAAUUUGUUCAGAAUUUUCCUACUUGUCUUUUCAAGCUUCUAAGAAAUCAAUUUCUUGAUCGAAUAUUGAAAAAUUCCUUGUUAUCUUGCUUUUUUCCACGAAUUUCUCACACCUAAGGGUUAGGUUCGACUAAAAUUCUGAAAAAGAGUUCAAGAAAAUUUUUAUGAAGCACUUUGAACACUUGAUAGUGAGAAGUUGAGACAAUUUCCAAAUUUAAAAAAAAAAAUUGUCUUUUUCUAGCGUUUCACGCAGCCAAGCGUUUUCGAAACGGAUGGAACUCCAUCCACCAGCGGCGGAAGAGGUAGAAUCUGAAAAACGAAAUAUUUACAACUGUUGAAAAUUUUUUUCAAGUGGCGGCAAAUGACGGAGAAGCCCAAACAAGCGCUGGAUUGUUCGAAAAUCGUCGCUUUUUUUCCUCACGUUGUUGGUUUUCCUUUUUUUCAAUUUUUUUGUUCAGAAUUGAUUCUGAAAACUGAAAUUUUUCUGAAUAUCCAUAAAAAAAAAUAUUCUCAGCGUUUUUUUCACGACUUUCAAUGCAAUUUUUUUCCCUCAUUUUUUUCUCACAAUUCUUGAAAAAAAUGUUGGUUUUUUUCUCGAGUAUCCAGCACAUAAAUCAGCAAAUUCUGGGUUUCUUUUUGACUGAAAAUCGUUUUUUUAUUUGAUUUAUUUUUGGGAUACAGUUUACAAUACUAUUUUUUUCAGAAAAAAGCGUCAAAAUCACGAUUUUCAUUGUUAGUGUAGAAUUAUGAUCGAAACAACCUACUAUUCAACUAAAUAAUAACUUUAAAGAGACCUCGGUCAUUUCCUUCUGCUUCGGAAAUCCCUACAAAUGCCGGAAACGCGAAUAGAAUCCCACUGAGCGGAGUUCAAUUGAACGGCCGAAAACCUCAAGAUUUCGUCUUGGAGACUCCCGUUGAACCGGCGAAAGACAGAUUCGUGGGUUUUGCAAUGAUCCUUUCUAUAUAAAAUAAUGUUUAUUCCAUGAUUUUCCUCCAAUUUAACUUUCAAGGCCAAGAAGAAGACGCGUUUUUACGCCCCUGAAGUCGUGAAUCUGAUGACCCAACUUCGGAACAGCAUCGCUCAUUUGGAUUAUGCUGAUGAUCAACUACGGCGAACUGCUAAAAAGGUUCAGGAUGAAAAUUAUGUUGAAUAUAAGUCCCAAAAAAAUUAUUUUUUUUAAUUAUUGAAAGUUUAGAAUUGAUCAAAAUUUUCAAACAAUCUUUUUCCUUGUUUUUCAUCCGGACCGAAAUCUCACAGUGGAGUUUGGAACAUAUUAUCUGAAAUUACCGCUCUUAUCGAUUUUUUCAAUCUCUCUGGGGUUCUAGAUGCGCGACGAGUACGAGGAACGACUUGUUCGGCUCGAAGAGAAGGAGGAGGAAUUAAAGGCGCAUUGGGAGCAGAAGAAAAAUGGUCUCGAGGCCGAAUGGAAGGAGAAAUUGGACGGUUGGCUGGAGGAGAAACGGCUCGACGAGGAAAGAAACGUCCGGGAUCGUCGACAAUUGGAAAGCGACCGAAGACUUUUGACCAAAAAUGAGAGCGAACGCGUCAAAAUCCUCACCAAGGAGGUCUCAUUUGAACUUUUCGGACUUUUCAUCAUAAAUUUCAUUAUUUUAGGUGGCUGAUAGUAGGAAGAAUGUUCACGAUAAAGAGACGAAAAUGGCGAAAAUGAGGGUGGAAAAGAGGGCGGUCGACGAAAAACUGAAAGAAAGCGCCAAGGCCUUGGAAAACUCCCAGAAGGACUGCGAACGUCUCAAACGCGUCAAUGCUACCUUGGAGGUUCGUUUUAUAAUUUGAUCUUAUUUUAGUGAGUUUUCUUGUGAAAAGCUCCUUUUGUCCGAAGAUUAUUAUAGGCGGUUUGACUGAAAACAUUUUGGCAUAUUUAUUUUGAGAUAAAGAAUUUUGUGCAUUAAUAAAUCAUAAUAAAGAGCUUUUUGGAAGCUUCCAUUCGAGAAAUUUCUGAUUUAGAGAGCAAAUUUAAGGAUUCAAAAAGUUUGAAGUUUAUUUUUUUCAAUCUGCAUUCUGGAAAGUGAAUCGAUUUUUUUAAAAUCUUUUUUUCCAUAAAUCCUAUUUUUUUCUAAAUUUAUCUUGCUUUUUUAGUUUGAAACUUGAAGUUCGUUCAACUGGAAAAUAAAACUGAGAAACUUUUUGCUCAGUCAUUUUUUUGAUUACUGUAGAAAUAACCUCUUCUUAGUUAUAAUUUGUCAGGUUUUAGCUGAUUCGCUCGCGGUGGACACUUUCAAAGUUUAUAAAAACCUUUUACAAUAACAAAAAAAGGAAUAAGACUUUUUCGCAGAAGAACCUUCGGCAAACACGUCAGGAAGUUGAUCGUUUGAACCGCGAAGGCGUCGCCGAGGCCAAAGUCCUGGCCAACCAUUCUCGACGUCUCAGUUCGAAUCUCAGUGGUCCGAGAGAGGUUUUUAUUUCUUUUUUUCAAGCCAUUAGAAGCAUAACAAUGUUUCUCUGUGAUCUGAAAUCAAUUGCCUUUUCCAGAAUCCUGUCGAUUCGGCUCGCGAGAAACGGCUUUCCGAAGAGAGACGAAGCGAAAAUUAUCGGAAAAGUCGAUCGAGAUCCGUGACGUGGGACGACGUGCACGACGCCACGGAAUCUUUCGAUACCCAAGAUUCUGAUCCCAUGGUAGGAAUUAGGGCCUUGUUUUCGUGUUCAAUGAAUUUUCGGGGGUUUGAACUUUUCUUAGUGUAAAAUGAACUCGCCAAAUUGGAAUUUCGAGAACCGUUAGAAAAUUGGUUCCUAGAACGAUAUUUUAAUUUUUUUUACGGGUAAAAAUGCCCAAAUAACUCAAAACUUUAAAGUUCGUGCAAAAAAGUCAUCUUGUUUUAAAACCUUUUUUUUAAGUCUCUCAAAAUGCUAUUUUGCGUAUUUUGCGAAAUCAUAUAACACGAAAAACGCGUCAAUUUUUUUAAAUUAUCGCAAUUGCUUUGAAAGACUUGAGAAUUUAAAUGGAAAAAGACUUGAGAAAAAAAAUUUAUUUUUGAGUGUGGAUCUUUCAGAAAAAAAUUGAUUGGAAAAAAACUCAAACUUUUUCCAUUUUUUUCGCGAGUUUUUUUCAAUUAUCAUGUGUUGGUAAAAGUUUCUCUACAUCUUAAAUUUCAAGGGAACUUGUUUAAUUAAAGUUUUUUUCUUAUCAAAAAAAGAAAAAGUAAUUUUUCAUGGCUUUUUAUCAUUUUUUUCCUGUUUUUAAAAAGAUAAAAAAAUUUUUCAGAACGUUGUGGCGGCGGGUGUCGGACCAUUCGGAAGAUAUCAUCUCCUCCGAAACUUGCGAGGUUCGUUUUACUGUUUCAGAAGUUAUUCUUGAUCUUCGAUUUUUCUUUUCAAUUGUUUCAUUACUUGCUGUAACUUCAUCGGGUAUUCCGGAAAAGUCGGUCGAUUUGAAGGAAUUUGUAGGAUGACUAUUUUUUUGGGAUUAUUAAAAGUGAAAUUUUUUUCGGUUGUUUAGGCGGUUAAGGAGAAAAAUAUUUCUGUACUCUUUGAACAUUUUCAAGUCAAAUUUUUUUAAAAUAAUUAACAAAAGCUCCCUUUUUUUCUCUAUUUUUUUAAAUUUAAUUAAAAAGGACUCUCAAAUUUUAUUGAAAAAUUUUUUUGAAGAUAACAUAUUUCAGGCUAAAUAAAGCAAAAAAUUCGCUCACAAAAAAACAUAUUCUCAAAAAUAAUCUACUGUUUUUGAACUAUACGCAUUCGGAACAAGCCAAAGAUUUCGAAUUUGAAAAAAAUCGAGGUUUUUUUAAAAUAGUCACCUAAAAAUGCUCGGAACCGACUUUUUCCAUGAGGCUUUUUAUCAGUUUCUCUCGUAUUAAUUUUUUUAUUAUGAAAAAAAGAAAAAAACAAGUUUCUAUACAAGGUGAAACUACGAAACACACGACAACGAUCGAUGGGGACCUCUUUGAGUACGAUAACGGCGAUCAGAGGUGGAUAAACCAUCAAAGAACUUUCCAGGUUCACAAUUUUUCUCUUUUCAACUCUCAAGUUUUUCCAUUCUCCAGAUUUAUAACUACUCUGUGGAUGGGAUGAUUUCCUGGAAGAUUCUGCCUAUCAACAAGAUUAUAUCUGUUUCUCAGAACGGAGAGGUGAGCAAAUUCCUAAAACCCUCUUGAAGAGAUAAGUUUUUUUUUUGGAUGAAACGUUUUAGUAGGUGUUUUUGAAGGGAAUCUUCAACGUGGAGUUUUUAAAAAAUGAAUAAUUUUAUUAAAAACUUAAUUUUUCUUUUUUUUUUUCGCGUCUGGUAAUAGAUCCGAAUUCGAGCUGAAUCAAAAGAAGAAAGUGAAAGUUUUUUUGUUUUUUUGGUCAAGGGUUAUAAAGGUUUUUUUAUCAUUUGAAAGAUUUUUGUCUCUUUAACUGAAACGUUAAAAUUCAGAUUUUUUUGUAUAAAAAAAUAAUUUUUCGUUUCUCUUUAAUCAACUUUUUAGUUGUAAUUCGUGAACUUAGAAAAAAAACUUUUUUUGAUUUUUCAGAUGCAAAUUUGGCGUCCCGACGGCAGUAUGAGCGUCGUUUAUGGAAGACAUAAAGUUCGAAUGGAAUUGGCGUUGGAUUCGAGAAAUUCCUAUUUUCCUUCUGAAACGUAUGAUUUUACUGUUUUACAUCAAAUCGCAAAACUAAUCUCCUAAAUCUUGAAAUUCUGAUUUAUUUGUCCGCCUUCAUUUCUCUUGCCAAUACUCUCAUAUUUUCGCGCUAUUUCCAUGUCUCUGUUAUCUCACCGAUGAUAGAGAAGAGCGCGCAGAUAGGUCGGAAUUUCAAGCCGUGGCGGAUGUGUGGCAAUUAUUUUUUUAAUUUUAUUUUCAGAUUUGACUGUUUCGGCUUCGUUUCAAGACGUGGUAUUCAUGGAGUUCAGAAGUCUAAGUAAGCUUUUUUUCAGAAAAAAAAAAUGCUUCAGCUUUAUUUUUAGGUACAGUAUCCCGAAUCGCUACAGUGUUUGCGAUGGAGGCCGCCGUUACGUCGAUGUGAAGCAAUUUGAUGAUUUUGAAUUUGUCGAGCCGGAGUUCAGGGUAAACAUUGAUUUUUCGAAUAGUUUUCAGUUUGUUUUUUCAGUUACGUUGGGUCUGUGGCGAAGCGAUCGUUUGUAAGAUUUUUGUUCCCAAUGGGAACACCUUGAAGGUGAGUUGAAGAAAAAGUUUUGGCUGAAUUAUGAUCAGUUUGGACCUCCUGGAGGUGGUACUGACUUUCUUCUUCCGCCUUUAUACCGCUUGAGCGGCGUCGGCGCCCCAAGUCGAUUAGCCGAGGUCCUAUCCUGAUAAUCAGUGGACUGGCUCCAGUGACAUAUCCGUCCUUGUGUGUGACGGUUGGGAUCAUGAAGCCGUGGUUUCCCACUACCAACAUUUCUUAAACCCCUUGGUUGGGUCGGGGCGGGGAUCGAACUUGUGAUCCUGUGGACCGUAGGGAGGCACACAACCUGUUUCGCUACGGCGCGCCCGGAGGUGGUACUGACUUUAACUCAGAAAUAAUCGGGAGCAGGUGUAGGUGGACAUUUAAAAACGUCUGCCCAUGUAUGAGAGCGUUUGAAAAUGAGAGGAAGGCCUUUUUUCUCUCUAAACGCCCUCUUGUUUACCAGUUCUCUCUAGCUCUGAAGAUUCGAACGUAGACUUUUUAAUGAUCAUGAAGCUGAAUCUUGAAAGAAACAAUUUGUUCGACAUAACAUCUUUUUUGUAUUCCAAUUUACAUUUUCUAUGAGAAAUUGUGGAUUUUUAACUUUCAUUUUUUUGGCUCUAGGACGAAAUAGAAUGUUCAUUGAUUGAAUGUAAGUUUUUUUGAAAUAGUUUUGAAACCAUUUUUUUGAAUUUUUUUCGACUUUUUUUCGAGAUGAAAGUUUAUUUCUUCCGCUUGUAGGUCUAAUCAGUUCGUAGUUUUAUUCUGAUAUUUUAUUUUCGCAUCAGUUCAUGCCAUUUUAUUCGAUUAUUUUCAAUUAUAGUAAAAAAGCUUCCUUUCGAUAAUAAAUCUUCAGAUGGCCGAAAAAAAAACAAAAAGGGAAUUUUUUCAAGAUUUUCAACCUUUUCAAGCCUUUUAUUUUCCAGCUGCAAGUAGACCGGAAAGAAGUUAUCUUGGAAAGCGUCGGCUGUUCUCCAGUUGCCGGGAAAUUCGAAAAGAAACUCUGCUUCAAAUGGCCUCGAAAAUAACUGUAAAUUUAACCUUGUUCUGUAUAUUCUCUGUUUUAUCCUCCUUUUCUCAAAUAGUAUUGCCUUCUUUGAUUGUACGGAUUGCGUUCAUAUCUUUGACCUCACUUUUCUGUUUCUCACUUGCCUUCUUAAUUCGUCGUUUUUUAUAAAUUUCGUUUUAGUGGAACCAUGAGCUGGUUUGAAUUCAAUUUUCUUGCCUUUACAUGUAAAUUGAUUGUUUCUUCUGAACGCUGAUUCACCAAUAACUAAAAUCCCAUCCCUUCUAUUAACCUAUAUGGAUUCAUUGUAUCGUACACUGACCUUUUUCUUUGUGAAGUAAACUUUUUCCAAUUAAUCAGUUCAUUUUGACGUGAAAGUGACGAAUUUCGUUCUGAUCGUCGGCGUGGAAAAAACUUGAGCCAUUUCUAACAGCAAAUGUCUACUAGUGCGUCGAUCAUUUUGGGGCUUUGAUAAUUUCUUUGAAGUUCCAGGUUCAAGUUCAAGUACAGGCUCAGGUUCGGGUUCAGGUUCGGCCGAAGUCGAACCUCCGAAAGGCAGCAAGUGGGACCCGAUCAAAGUUGAUAUCGUUCCGGAAGAAAGAAGAUUUUGAGUUUUCAGCGUUUUUUCCUGAGAACAAAGAAAAGGGAAGGGAGCGACGAGGAAACUGAUCCGGACGUUUUGACGAGGUGAGGAUCGUUCAAUUCUGACUUGAAUCUUCGAAAAAGUUCGAUGAGUAUCGGUGUGAAGAACCUUGGCAAUUGAGUUCUGUAAAUCGCGAAAUUUGGAAAAGCUUCGUGGGAAAGUUGUACUAUCAUACACGGCGAGAAAAUUCAUUUAUUUUUACAAGAUUUAAUUUAAAAAUAUGAAUUUUAAUUUUUCGUAAAACACUGUGCAGCUUCAAGUACUUGAGUGUUUGCAAAAACAGUCGGGGAAAAUGAGCAUGAUUUUUCAAUGUUUUAACUAUCGGAUAGUGGUUUCAAAGGCUUAUGAGGGUUCAUUUCUAGAAGAAAAAAGAGAUCAAAAAGCGCAAAUAAACUUUUUUUUCCGUAAUGCAAAUACUGUGAAAAGGAGCUCUUAACGCUGAAAAAGUUCAAAAACGUGGAAAAAGAUUGAGGAGAAUAUUUUCUCGGUUAUAAAGUUGUUCACUUGGUUUGGCCCUGAAGGGUUUUUGUGAAGUUAUUCAUCAUCGAAAAAAAAAGUGACACCCGAAUUGUUGAGAUGGACGGCGGCGUGCCUCAACUCCAGAAGCCCCAUGUUUUCUUCACAGCCACCGAUGAACGCGGUGAGACCUAGGCUUUAUCGAUAAACUCUAGAAAAGCUCAAAUUUUGCUAUUUGAAAAAUUGAGUCAAAAAAAGUUCAGCACUUUGCUUGAAAUUGCGAUUUCCUAAUGUAAAAAGUUCGUGGAAUUUUAUGUUUUAGUGAUGCGUUUAUUCAGUCGAGUUUAAAUCCCGGUCAAGUCCUAAUGAUUGUUGUUUCGAGGCUUUCUCUCCGGCCCCGUCGCUCCUUGCCUUCGCGGCUUUCAUGUUGGCCUCCGACGAGAGAACGAUGAUGAUCAUGCGGAAUCUCUUCCAACUAUCUACCGCUGACAUCACUGGUCGGAUUGUCUUCUUUGAAAAAAGUUAUCCACGCCGUGUUGAAAAGAUUUUGCGCGAAUUUCAAAAUUAUCUCUGACUCUUCAAAAUCUUUUUCAGUCUCUGACAGUUAUUUUUAAUCUCCCGGAAUCACUUUGAGCACGACAGUUUGAGAAGUUGUCGAAUUUUUUCAAAUUUUCUUAAAUAUACUUUUGAGAAAAAACCAAGUUCAUUAGGUUUAACUUUUUACGUAGUACCUGAAUCUGUGCUCAAAAAUUGACGAUGAAGUCCAGGAAAAAAUUCAGAAAUGCUUAAUUUUGAAGCGACGACCAAACGAGUAAGUGAAAAUCGCUGAAAAAUCAUGCCUCGAAAAAAAAAAACUUUGAAAAACCCGAUUAUCGCGAUCAAGAGCCCUAUUUUACAUCCCAAAAAAAAAAAUCCAUUUGGUGAGUUUCAAUUUUGAACAUUUUAAAACUUUCUAACUGCUCGACAAUUUUUGAGAUACAAAACUCAAUGUCAAGCUGUGAGCUCUGAACAUUUACUAGAAUCUUCGUUCAUUUGAACCUUCGAAAAAAAUACCCUCAGAUUCAUUCGAAAUUUAUUUUUGGUCAAUCAUUGAGUGUAUUAAACAGAUCAUCCAGCUUGAUCUCACCUUGGAUUGAGAAACAAGUUCAGAACUGGGAGAGAAGAUGGAGAAGCUGUCGAAGUUGAAAGCCAAGAAGAACUUCCACUGCUUCGUGCGGAUCGUCGUCGACGAGGAAUCGACGACGACCGUUGGCACUGCUCUCAUGGCAACCGUCAAUAGGAUCGGCCAUCAACAGGUUUCAGACCUGCUUCUGGACCAAUUCGCGAGUCUUCUGUUGAGGUUUUCGUGUCCGCAAGGCCCUCUCGAGCCAUUCGCUUCGCCCUGAGCCUCAACUGCGCGCCGGACGUCGUUGACUUGCCCCGACCUCAUCUACUGACCACCAACGCCUUCUGCUCGGCUGGCGUCGUCGCCAGUUGGGCCGGCGAAGUCCGGCUCCUAUUUAUACUUGCAUUUUCAUUGCAUUUCCAGACUGACAAGGCAUCCAAUGCCAACUUUUCAUCGACCUACUCACUCCGAUAUCAACACGCCUUCUUCGAACUCAACACCACGGCCAUCCAUGCUAGUUUUGGCAAUUUCGAGGUUUUUCGACGUCUUCAAGAGAAGUCGAAGAAUGGUGGUUAAAGGUCUGGCAGUUGCCUCUUCUGAACAAGGCGUCUCCAAACUGUAAAAUCACCAUCUUCCGCCCGUUUUUGCUUGGAAACCUGACGGGGGAGAUGAUCUCGGACUUGACGCUUCAGAGAGUCUUCGACAGACUCGAAAAGAAGCCGGUAAUUAGAGUAUUCUUUAUUCGGAGGAACAAAUUUGUGUUCAUUUUAAAAUAUGCGAGUUAAGCCCAUUUCUUACAAGCAAAGUUUGAAGAAAAAUAUCGCAGAAAGAUUUUUUUCUUAAUGACUUUUAGGAAUUUGAGUGUUACUAUCUACAAAAAAAGAACACUUUUUUCAAUUUUUGCUUUUGAAAAAUGAGCUGUUCAGAGCAUGAAGGCCCGAGUGCUGAUGCCCAAGUUCAGCGCCCACUUCAAAAGCGACUCGUUUAACUAUCUUCUCAGCCGAGGUACCGUACUCGUCGCCGUUGAUGUUCAACAGCAAUUUUUAGGAGUAAUGCGAGACUUGGGCCAAACCGCCCAAAUUCCUUUUGUUGGAUGCGUCUGGCAAUGGACGACGGUGGCCAUCGACGAACAAGGGGUUACUUGCAAACAAUUUAAUCAGAAGGUGCUUUUCUGGUAUUCUUGAUUUUUUGAAGCUUAAAAGGGUGAUGCUGAAAAUCUGAUGCUAGAAAUCAGCGGGCGCAUGAAGAGAUUCCAGAGAAGUCGAAAGUUUUUCCUUCUUAUUUUCCGUCUUCGCUCAAAGAGAGUAAUCCCAAAGUGAAGACAGAGGAAGAGAAAGUUUUGUUUCUCUGGCAUCUCUUCUGGCAGAAGGCUAAUCUCUAGCUUUGGCUUGUUUUGGGUAGGUGUUUACCAAGGAAAAUAUUGUUUCCAUUUAGUAAUCUUCUCAUCACUUUGAUAUAUACAACUUUUUCUCUCUGUUCUUACUUUUGAAUCGAUUUUAACAUUUAUCUCAUUUUUUUUCAGUCGAUGAAAAAGGUAAUUGGAAGGAUUUCAUCGGAAGAGCUCUACUUUCACAGUCGACCUUACUCGUUACGCCUCGAUUCGCCAUUCAUGUACUUCAGAAUUUUCUCUGCGGUAAAAAUAUCGUUUCAGGUACGUCAUUUCGAUCGAUAAGAUCCCAAUGGUGGCUGGGAAAUACUUUGGGCAUCCCGCUCCUAAGCCGAAAGACUACUCCAUACCUUUCCCCGACAGGUAAAGUUCCCUUAUUUUCUUCAAAAAACUUGAUUGACAGAAGCGAAAAGAAAAUACGAAUAAAGAAGCCAAAAGAGAAAGUGACGAAAAAGCAGAAGCGUCGCCAGCAACUCCGUAAACGUCUGGAUAAGGAGAAAGUUGAAGAGCAGAAAAAGGCUUCGAAAAGCCGCGCAAGCUCAAUCGCUUCUAAAAUUGUUACGAGCGUCAGAUCGAAAAAAACAAAAAGCUCAGAAGUGUCGUCGGCGUCUUCGAAAACCUCUAAAUGGAGAAAGAUCAAAGACGCUUUUAAACGCAAGAAACGGCGAUGACGACGGCUUCUGCUUUUUCGGUACUUUCUUCAUUCUAAAAGUAGAAAUAGCAAACUAUCUAUUUUCAGAAUUCCUGAUGAAGAUAAGGAGAGCUGCAUGGUAG